UCAGCCAGCCAACGGUGAGUGAGAGCGUGCUCGACAGCAGACCGAAGCGUACGCAACUUAAUUUCUAUACGACGUUCCUGGACUGGGCACGUCCAUCGGUUAGUACGAAUCAAGCGAGCAACCUGUUCGGACGGAACGUUCCUCCGCCGUGGUCAGUCAGUCAAUCAGUGGUCAAUUGUGUGGUGGUGUUGUUGCACAUUUUUCGAUUGAGUCAAGUGGAUACAAUCACAAGAUGAUGCACACUAAUUGAGGAUAAGAAAACGGAAAGUAAGAAAAUCACCGCAAAUUGGUUCAAGAUAUCGCGCAGUGAGAGGCGCGUGCUGCACAAGUGCAAUUUUCGUGUUUAUCGGUGCGCUGCGGUCAAGAGGACGAGAAUAAUCGAAAAUCGGUGUCUGUGUUUGUGUGAAGAAGAGCAACGGAAAGGAUCUUAUCGAAGCAGGCGAGAAAAUGUGGCGAUUUCAAGUGCAUCAAGCAGGCGUUGCAGCGUCGGGUCUGCUGCUCCUGUCGGUGUUAUUGAUCAGUGUAGUUAGCUGGACAGACGCGACGGCCCUUGAAGGCAGCCCGUACAACGGGCGUCUCUAUCAACAACGAACCGCCUACAAUGGGAACCGCAUGGUUUUCCCGAACGAAAAGGAGCGAUACAAUGUAAUCAGCAAGGACGUGAAGCGCGAAGUGGAUGAGGACGACGGUUGCUGCUACGAUGAUAUCCCACUGGAGCUGGCCCUGCAGUUGGGCAAUAUCACCAGCAGUGACGACGUGUUCACCAAUGGCUUGGUCGAAGAGGAUUCGAUUGAUCAGCGUAUCUUCAACAAGGGAUAUGGAGAACGAUCGGCCGGGGAGACACCCAAACCUGCCGGAUGCAACACGGAAGCAACGAUAGUAAGUCUACGUCCGGCGAACAACACCGAUCCUAGAUUGAUCUUCAGCCCCUCCUGUACCCGAGUGCAGCGCUGCAGCGGCUGUUGCGUAUCCAAACGGCUUUCAUGUCAACCGACUUCGACCCGGCAAAGAGCUUUCUCGGUCAACAUCCUCGAGUACUUAUCCGGUGUCAAGACCCGCUUCAAGAACCGCGAUAUAGCCCUAAUCGAAGAGCAUGUGGGUUGUGCCUGCCAGUGUCGGGUCAAGGAGGAACACUGCACGCCGCUGCAGAAAUACAACGCCCGUAACUGUCGGUGCGAGUGCAAAAACUUAGACGACCGAUCCAAAUGUCUCCAGCAGAGUGACAUCAAACAGUGGAACCCGGAGACGUGCCUGUGCGAAUGUCUAGAUCCAACGGAUUGUACCAGCGGGUCGUACUAUGAUCAGAACGCUUGCAAGUGCCUACAGAUCUAUUCGGCCACUCGUUCCCGCAACCAAUCGACGCUGGAUCGUAGGCGACUUAUUCUGAAACCUGUCCCGUCGCUAUCCUAAAGCAACAGCAAAUCUUUCAAAGAGAGGAUGUGGAAAAUAUGUACAUGAAUGUGCGCACCCAGUGAUUCAACUAUGCGAAAGGCGAAGGGAAAUCUAUUAAAAAAAGAAGAGCACAACACCAUCAUAAUUGCAGAAAUUUACAGUACAAAUCAAAAGGGAAGCCGAGAUUGCGAGUCACAAAGUUUAUAUUUUAACUCCAAUGACUGGUCGCCGCUUAGCGGCGAGUGAAAUAAGAACACAUUAACGAAUCAGAAUUGUAGUUAAGCAGAAAAAAAGGACAUUCCUAAUGAACACAAAGCGGAAUACACUACCGUUCGGGUAUCGAUUUGGGUUCAAACGAACGCGAGUAUAAUAAAUGCCAGGAAAGGGUGAACAAUGCCAUACCUAAACUUCCAGAGUAGUGCAUCACGGAAGGCGAAUGUUGUGUGAGGUCUGAGAGGUUUUUAAUUUUAUUUUAUUCAAUGAGCAUGAUUUGAAACAAGGCGUGGAAAUUAUUUAUUUCUAUGUUUAUAUGCAGAUUUCUAUAAUAAAGAAGAAACAUUCUAGAGCGAACAAAAAUAAUUGUUUUC